AGGCAACCGAGUAAGACGCUUACUCGCUAAAAUAUGGUUUAGUCAAAAUAAUGGAAGAAUCCGAAAUGACAACAAGACAGCGGCAAUCCGUCAAUGGCAAAUGUCAUAAUUAAUUCCGAUUGAUUUCCUAGAAAAUUUCCAAUUAAGCCCAUUUGUGCUCGAGAAUGUCUUUUUUCGGUAAACUCUUCGGAGGCAAAAAAGAGGAGGCACCUUCGACCAGCGAUGCCAUCCAGAAAUUGAGGGAAACUCAGGACCUCCUCACCAAAAAACAGGAAUACUUGGAAAAGCAAAUCGACGACUGUAUCCUUGUUGCUAGGAAAAAUGCCUCAAAGAACAAAAGGGUUGCCCUACAAGCUCUUAAAAAGAAGAAAAGAUUAGAAAAAACUCUCCAGCAAGUAGAUGGAACCCUAACAACUCUUGAACUGCAAAAGGAUGCUUUAGAAGGUGCAAACACCAAUGCUGCAGUUCUUAUUUCUAUGAAAGAUGCUGCUGCAGCCCUAAAACAUGCCCAUAAGAACUUGGAUAUUGAUAAUGUUCAUGAUAUAAUGGAUGACAUAGCCGAACAACAUGAUAUUGCCAAUGAAAUAUCAAAUGCUAUAAGCAACCCCGUAGGAUUUGGCGAAGACAUAGAUGAAGAUGAACUAAAUAAAGAAUUAGAAGAGUUAGAAGAAGAGGAGCUAGAAAAGGGUCUUAUUGAUGUGCCUGGACCCACAAAAUUGCCAGAUCUGCCCAACAUGGAUGAAGAGCAAAAGGAAAAGACCAAGAAACCAGCAAAAAAAGUGGAAGACCAGGACGAUUUGAAAGAGUUAGAACAAUGGGCCUUAUAAAUGGAAGUUAAAUGUUAAAAAAGCGAUUGUAGAUGGUGUAGACAGCUUAUUUGCUACAUACAUGUUUUUAUAUUAUGUUGUUACAUAUUAUUAUACUAUAAGCUUAUAACAAAAUUUAGCAGAGAAUUGGGUUGAAAUGAAAAGAAAAUCAUCCUAACUUCCCAAUUCACUUUGCAAAGUUUAAUAAUAUAGCUGCUGGAUUAAACUGGCAGAUUUGUUUUAAUAAUAUUUAAGUUAAAAAAAUGUAUAUAAUUGGGAAAAAAAUUAAGUGUUAAAAUAGUAA